AUGCCACCUCCUAUACCCCGAAAGAGCUCUGCAAGACGAGCAAAAUCCGAUACGUACGUUUCAUCUGAUCGAGUCCUGCAUACUCCGACUACCCCGGUUGCUCGUUCGACGAUCGCGAGGGCUCUUUCCCUGAGGCCGAGCGUGAAGGGUAAAGCGCCUUCUGCGGCUCCGAACCCGAGUACUAGUCGAAGCAGCACCUUCCCAAUCCAAGGCCAACAUCUCAGAGGUCCCACCGCAGCCUCAGACGCCGAUGUCUCGCCUGGCGGCGCCGAAACAGUGAUCCUAAAGGUUUUUGAGGCCCUUGACGAUUUCGACGAUCUCUUCGCCACCGCCAUUGUGAACAAGGGAUUCUACAGCGUGUUCAAGCGCCAUGAACUGUCACUGAUGCGAAAAGUCCUCCAUGCCAUGUCACCAUCGGCAUGGGAGCAUCGCGAGACAUGUCCACCGUGGACCUUCGAGCCUGGCACAGAGUACGAUGGACCAAAACCAGAAUACAUCCCGGAAACCUACCUAGAGUGCUACGUCCGUGACUCGUGCACAAUCAACGCACUCCAAUCUCUCAUUCACGAGCGCUGCCAGUCACUCUUGCGCCCCAGGACCGCGGCAGCACUAGUAAGCACCGACCCGCAAGAAUCUUCGUAUGUUAACGACGCACUCUGGCGCAUUUGGACCUUCUGCGAGAUCUUUGGAUGUGGCAAGGGUCGAGAAGAUGAUAUUGUGGGCCAGAUGGACUGGCUGAAGGGAGGUGAACUCGUGCAUCAACAGAGCUGCCGCGCAACCAUCAUGAGCAGCGACUCGUUUGGAUUGAGCAGCGUCCUGAUGUGCGCGCCGGAUUACUUCGCCAAAGGCAACGCCGGCGGUUUGACCGCGGAGCAGCUGUACGACAUGACCGAGCUGUGGAACUGUCUAGGUGUGUUGAUCCAGGGGAUCUACGGAAGAGCAGUGGAGGCUCGGCAAUAUGGCGUCUUCGACCGCACCGACAUAGAAGGCGGCGACAUCGACGGCGAGGAAGCAAUGCUAGAAGAAUGGUGCUCCUACCUCCUCACCCACGGCCUCUCCACCAUCCUCGAUCUCGCUGCCGCCUCGACCCACCCAGACCCCACCGUCUUCACCCUCGCCGCCAGCAAAGGCUACAUGACCUGGACACCCCCGCCACCCGGCGCAUCCCGCAGCACCUUCCUCAAAGACGCCCUCUCCCGCGUCUACGAGGAGAAGAUCGCCGCCGCGUUCGCGCAGAGCAACCGCAGACAGCAGGCGCGCGAGUCGUCACUACGGCGGUCUGCCGAGACCGCCAAGCGAAGAGAACGCGGUGCUUCGAGUGCGGAACGGCCCUUCAGCGAGUGGGACCUUGUGAUGAACAGCCUCGACUCCGCUGGACGUGGUCCACCGCUUAUGUCGAGGGCAUUUGCGCAGCCCACGGCUCCGCCGCCGACGCUGAACCAGUGUGAGAAUGUGCAUCCUGCACUGCGGCCUGCACAACAUCCACCGACACAACAUCCCCCAGUACAGCACUAUCCAGCCCCUGCCCCAGCCCCUGCCCCAGCCCCACGUCCCCUCUCAACCUACACUCUCUCCAAUCCGCACGUGCGCGAGGAGCCCGUCUCGCAGCAGCACCCACGGCAGUCGCAGCUCUACAGCGACGACCCGGCGGUGGACAGCGCGGACCGGGCCAUCUUCCGGAUCGUCGAGAUGGGGUUUACGGCGGAGGAGGCGCGGAGGGCGCUGCGGGUCACGGAUCUGGGGGAUGGGCUGCGGGUUGAUCGGGCGGUGGAGUUGUUGUUGAGAGCAUAG